AGCAUUAAAGUAUUGCGUCCGUUUGUUUAUAUUUUAUGCACCUGCUUAAAGCUAUUAUUUGAAAGAAAGAGAGAGGUAUGACGAUUAAUGAAAGAAGAAAAGAGAACAAUGUUUUGUAGAGCAGGUGUUCUACAUAUUAAUUAAACAAAUCUGUUUUCUUCUAUGUUAAAAAAUAUUUUUCUUAUGUCAAAAAUGUGAACUGAAUGUAAAUAAGUUUAUAAUAGUAGUCAUAAAAGGCGUAUAUAUUGAAUUAGAUUUUUAAUUAUUGACAUUUACAAAAAACUUCCUAUAAACAUGCAGAAUGCCUUUUAAACUAAAACUAAAGAAGUCCCGACAUUACAGUGUAGUUUCAAAGUCACUAUUUGUUAUAUCUGUUGAAAUACUUGAUGGAACUACUGUGGAAUGUACUCUGUCUUCAGAAAGUACUGGACAAGAUUGCUUGGAUGUAGUAUGCCAAAAGCUAAGUUUAAAUCAACCAAAAUUCUUUGGACUUCAAUAUAUUAGCAGAAACAGUGACAGUAACUUAUGCUGGUUAGAAUUAGAUAGACCAUUAAAAAGGCAAUUGGAUAAGUACGCUAAGGGCUUAUGUGUUUGUUUACGAGUGAUGUAUUAUGUUAUAUCUGGUGUGAGAUUAUUUAAUGAUGAGGUCACAAGAUAUCACUAUUUCCUUCAAUUGAAACAGGAUGUAAUUGAGGGGAGAAUAUCAUGCACUCCUCAACAAGCUGUUGAAUUAGCUAGUUAUUCCAUGCAAGCUGAAUUUGGUAAUUUUGAUGCUGAACGACAUACUGCACACUACUUGAAGGAUUUUCAACUAUUUCCAAAGACUUUUACAGAUUCUUCCCUCCUGGAAACCCUUACAGAGGCAGCCAGUAGACAACAUGCUGCACUACAUAAUUUACCUCAAGGAACUGCUGAAGAGUAUUAUAUUUGUGCCUGUCAACGUUUAGAAGGUUACGGACAAGAAAUUUAUGCUGUUAAAGAUCAAGAAGGAAAUGAUAUUUUGAUAGGAAUUUGUUUAACUGGUGUCUAUGCUGGAUAUCCUGGAAAGGAAGGACGGCAUUUCAGUUGGUCAGACAUAAGUAAUGUUAUUAAUCAUAAACGAGAUUUCACAAUCGAAUCUGUUGGUGGUACUGAAAAAGUUGAAUUUCAAUUUAGUGAUGUGGAAAGCGCCAAAAACGCUUGGCGUUUCUGUGUUCUCCAGCAUAUAUUCUUCAGACAGUAUGAAAACAAUGUAGAUAAUGAGAAAGCACUACCUAAACCACCCGUUUUUCAACAAAAUGAAGAUAAGUUGAGACAAAAAGAUAGCUAUGAGGAUGUAACAAAUACUUCUUUACAAUGGGACAGACCUGUCUCAUCUUUGCAAAAUUUAACACAUCGUGCACAAUCUACAUCUUGUUUAGAUCUCAAUAAACAGACUGACGUUGAUACACUCAGGAGUUUUCUUCCUUCAUAUCGUCCUGCUCCUGAUUAUGAAACUGCCAUACAACAGAAGUACAGAAAUUCAUCAGGUGCCAUAACUUCUCGGGGACCAUUACGGAACACACAUCCAAUUUUAUACAGUUCGCAACCAGAAAUACAUCAAAGUGAUACAUAUCCUACACAUCUCCACUAUCCAGAUGUGACACACAAUAAUAUUGAACAGAAAAAUUUGUUAUGUAAUAAUGCAUUUGGACAGUCACAGAUUGUAGAUAACAUGGGUAUGCUGCAUGUAUACAAAUCCCCACCACCAUACCCAACUAAUAAGAUAAGUUCCAAUUCUACACCAGAUUUGGCCGGAAUGUCUCAACAAAUCAAACCUCAUACAGGAUUUGUCAGUAAUAUUGUUAGUGGAUCAAGUCCUGACUUAGUUUCAGGAGGGAAUUUAUAUUUAAGACAGCUUUAUCCUGGUCACUCUGCUCAUCCCGUCCAUAGAUCACAUAGUUAUUUGCCACCCCAACACGGUACAUAUGAAAAUUUAGCUUCCAUAUUUAACAAUAAUAUGUUGGGUAGGCCCCAAGCAGUGAUUGUAGAAAAUCCGAAUAUUACGAAGCACAUCAAAAAGGUCUACGAUGAACAUGGAAAUAUCAUUUACUGUAUGCCAGCUAAUAUGAAGCAGAUAUUACAAGAAAACCAACUACCAAGUACCGGUUUCGUUGUUACUAGAAAUCAGAAUGCAAUGGUAGCUCAUGAUCAUCAUAAUUCAACAGAACCCAUUUACGAAAAUAUUCCUCUACCAUGGCAAAACGACGGUGAAAUGAGAGCUAGAACACAAAGUAUUCAUUCUGCUCCGGAAAUAAGUCAAGUUGUGAAUCAUUCUGUAGUCAAUGCAGUGCAGUCUCAAUUACAGAAGCUGAAUAUAAACAAUCAACGAGGUAGCAGAGAAAAUCUUUACGUAAAUAUCGACGGUCUUAAGUCUUCCUCAAAAACUGAUCUAAAUACUCACAAUUCUAGUACUCAUAAUCUUAACGAGAGUGGUAGAUCUGGUCAAUUAUUCGACAGCAGUCAAAUGUCAAAUAUUCAAAAUGUGAGCGAUUCUUCCAAAGUCAUCGAUACAUCGUACGUUAAACCUUCCUCGAGUUUAAACACAACGAGAACAUCUUUUGAAACGAAUAAUAGUUUAGGGAAUGAUAAUUUCAACGAUAGUACGUCCACAUCUAAUACCAAUUCGACUAAAACAAAAAAGAAGAGAUGGGGUAUCUUGAUGGGAAGGAGUAAAUCGGGAGAGAAAGUUAAGAGUGCCACUUUGGGUAGAGAGAAGAAGAAAAAAGACGAAGAUCAAAAUCAGGGUAACAAUAAACAUAGGUGGUCUACCGGAUUACCCAGAUUUAAUCCAUUACCGCCGUCUAUAAGUAAGGAAACUAUGUGCCAACUUUUGGAAAAUAAAUUAGCAGAUAGCCAAUUAUUUUUCGAAUUUGAUAAAAUUCCGAAGAAAAAACAAAACGCCGAGUUUAAAACUGCUUUACUGCCUGAAAAUGCAGCUUUCAACAGAUUUAAGGAUGUGCUACCUUAUGAAGAUAAUCGGUUAAGGCUCAUACCUACGAAAAAUAAUAAAUAUGGUUACAUUAAUGCUUCUCAUAUCACAGCCAGUGUAGGCAGCAAACAGAGAUUCUAUAUAGCAGCUCAAGGCCCUACAAGACAGACCUUACCUCAUUUCUGGCAAUGUAUUUGGGAAGCUGAAGUAUAUUUAAUAGUACAGUUAACUGAUCCUACUGAGGACUUGUCAUAUUUACCCGAUGCUGGAGAGCGAUGUAUAGAUGUUGAUCAAGAUUACCAGAUUUGGUGGGAGUUUUCACAGAAAACUGGACACUGCGUUACCAGUAAAGUGCGAUUAUGUCAUGUAGCUUCAAGGAGGUACCGUACCAUAUGGCAUCUACAUUAUACCGAUUGGGGUGAUCAAGGCUGUCCUAAUUCGGUAGCUCAUUUUUUGGGAUUUCUAGAAGAAAUGCAAUCUGUCCACCAACAUUCUAUAGGAGAAAUUCCACCAGGCCACAAUAAAAAUCCGCCUAUUUUGGUACAUUGUACGGCCGGUGUAGGAAGAACUGGUCUCACCAUUUUAUGUGAUUUAUUAUUAUAUACUGUGGACCAUAAUCAAGAGGUGUGUAUACCGAGGGUUGUAGGUCUGUUACGCCAACAACGUGCCUAUAUGAUACAAACGAUAGCUCAGUAUAGAUUUGUUUAUUCGUUAUUAAUACAUUAUCUCAAACAGACUAGGUUAAUAUAAUUUUGUACUUUUUUUUGUGCAAUUUUAUGAUAUUUGUCGUGUGAGACAGGAUGAUCUUUUAGAUGUAGGAAUGAAUUUUCGAAAUGUGAUACAAUUACCUUGACAUUAUCAAAGAUAAAAUUAAUAAUAGAUGUAUGGGUUCACCAAAGAUAAUGUCAGAAUAAAGAUUAUGUUAUAUUGUAACACAGAGUUUGUACAAAUAGAUUUUCAAAUAUAAUAAAUCGAGAAGUUAUAAAAAUUUCUUAUACUUUUUCAUUAAAUAUCAAUUUCGGGGCAUAAAUUUUCAAAAAAAUAGGCUUAGUCACACAAAAAAAUGGAAUUGAACCAAUCUACAAAACUGUAUUUCCCAAUUUCGCACAAUUUGUUUAAGACUUUGUUUUGGUCAAAAUCUUGAUUGCAGCUAUUAAUUAUUUUGCUCCACGUUUCCAUAAAUCUUAACAAAAAUUCUUUCAUUUUCUUUUGGUACAUAAUUAAUUUUUUUUUAAUUCAACUAGGUACGAGUCAUUUGGCAUAUGAAUAUGAAACUAUACUUCCGGUGUUCUGAUGAUGGGUAUUGAUAAAAUUAAUAAAACCUUUUCUGUAAUCACCUUCAAGUAUUGACCCUAACAUCAACAAUUCUUUGCAAAUCUACCCAUAUUAGUUAAUUUCAGCUUCAGAAAUCGCUCACACAACUAAAACUUACAAUAUCAAUGGUAUAAAAUCCAUUGUUAACUUUUUUUUCGAAUGUGACAGUGACUAUCUUAUAUAAUCAUGCGCUUUCUCACGAAAUAGCUUCGUCCCAGAGCUCUACAACAUUUUGUUAUUUUUUCUAGCUUCACCUGAGUUUAUUUAGGGACAUUUACUUUUAUUUCUAUAAAAUAUACAAUCUUUUUUAAUAUGCCAUUCGGCUUGUUACGUUUUUCUUCAAACCUUUUGUUCACGUAUUAUUGCACAGUAAUCACAUCUGAUUUAUUUAUUCCAACAUUCCAGAAAUUCAAUUAAACCUCGGAAUGUAUUCGAAAUCGUCCUCUACCUAUCUACACUACACCUAUCGAAGUAAAUUUUAGUAAAUAUUCGCCGGUAAGUUUUUCUUUGCUUUUUUUAUUGAGCUCAAAAAAUUGUCAGUUAUCUUUAUGGAUUUCCUUUUGUUUCAAGCAAAUUUUGUAUGAGUCGUAUUUUCUAUUUAUUUGGGGAACAGAACGAAUAGAAUAGAACAGAUUCCUAUUUGGUUAUAUUUUAAAAAAUAUAAAUUAAGUUUUCUAUGAACUGUGUGAAAAAAAUAAAAUGACGGAGUAAACAAAACCAGAUGGAAAUUACUGAAGAAAGGAACGAGUAAGUAGAACAAAUUUGGAGAAAAAGAGGCUUAUGCUCUAACACAUCCUCUAACACAUCAAAAAACUUAUUUAUAUAUUUUUUAAAUAUAACCAAAUAGGAAUCUAUCUAUUCCAUUUGUUCUGUUUCUCAAAAAUUUUCUUGAAACAAAAGAAAAUUGAUGAAGAUAACUGGAAUUUUUUAUGAGCAUAUGAUUAUAAUGAAAAAGCACUUGAAAAUAUAUUUGAAAAACUAACCACGAUUCCACCAUUAGUGUAUUAGUCUGUAUUGGCUCAAAACAUGAAGAUAACCUGUUUUGGGUAAGCCAAAGUAAUAUAUACCCUCCUAGAAAUCGUUUGGCACCCAAUAGGUAUAUUGUUGCCUAACUAACAUUUUGAUCAUUCAAUAAGUUUGGGUAACCAUUCAGUUGAGCAUUAGAUAUUUUUGAGAAUUUCCACCACAUUUUAACCACAAUAAUAUGUGCUUACCCCUCCAAUCCAAUAUUAUUUCAAGUUUUUCUAUAAUAUCAUGUUGUUGUCAUAUGUUAUUAAAAUUGAAUUAUAUUUACAUAUACAUCUUAUAAAUAAUAAUAAAAGAUAUAUAAUGUAUUCUAUUUUUGCAAACUCUUAUAACAUUAUUAUUGGUUACCUUCACGUUUAGUUGAUUCAAAUAACACCUACAAUGAAUUUUUGACAGAUUUGCGAAAACAAGUCUAACUAUUUUUAUUUUCAGUACUCUCAAUUAUGGUAUAUUCAUACAUAAAUAUAUAAAACAGUGAAUGAAUGUUGGAAUAAUAAUGAUUUUUCUGGAAUGUUGAUACUAGUGAAUAUUAAGUUUCAUUAUUUUUUUUUUCACUAGUUGUAAUUAUAAAGUCUUAUAAUGGUGUUUAUACACCGUAAAUCUAUGUUAUUAUUAUUAAUGAUUAUUGAAGCUAUAAUAUCAAAAGGAGUGUUCAAUUACUUAACCCAUACCUCUCCAUUGAGAUCUGUUUUUAAAUAAUUUUGCAUAUACAGUCAGGUUUUGUAAGAAAAAGAUAACCAAUAAUUAUGUAUAAACUUAACCGAGGUGCCUUUAAUGAUCCUCUGUUUUAACAAGUAAUUGAAUUAUUUAAUUUAGGAUUAAACGGGUGUAAAUACAUCUACUAAAAUAUUAUUUUUAUUAGUAUUUAAUUUCAUUGGAUUAUGGAUUUAAAGAGAAUAGCGUUCAAAAUGAUACAAUAAUAUUGAUGAAUCGGAUGUAUUUCCACUGAAAUAGUUUUGUUCAAAUAAUUGUAAAACGUCAAUGUGAUUUUCUAACACCCAGAUUAUAUAAAAUAAAUAUAAGGUUGGCAACAAAGUAAUUUCGGUUUGUAUAAAAUUCUUGAUUCCGCGCUCAUAAAAUUUCUUAUCUGGAAAAAACUGAACUAGGUGCGACAUUUCUGAAAAUUUGACCAUUCAAAGAAUUCUGCAAACUUCGAAAUAAAUGGUAAUCAGAUGAUAUCAGAUCAGGGCUGUAUGGGGGAUGUGGCAUCACUUCCCAGUCAAGCUCUAAUGGUUUCCUACGAGUUUCCAAAGAUGUGUGAGGCCUUGCAUUAUCAUGGUGGAACACUAAACCUUUCUGAUUUGAUAAUUCUGGUCGUUUUUCUUUGAUUGCUUCAUCCAGUUUCAUUCAUUGUUGACAGUAAAUAUCAGAAUUGAUCGUUUGGUUCCUUGAAAGCAGCUUAAAAAACAACACAAAGGUAUUGACAGCAUGAGCUUUUUUGUUGUUUUUCUGCUUUUGAUGUGGAUUGUGCAGGUUCAUCGUGUUUGCUGCAUCAUCGUUUUCGAACUAUGUGACUGUACAGGACCAAUUUUUCAUUACUAAUGAUGAUUCUUUUCAAAAAAGAGUCGAUUUCAUUUCAUUUAAGGUGCAUAUCGCAAAUAUUGAUUCUUUUUGUCGAAUGAAUUUCUUUCAAUUCGUGAGGUACCCAAAUAUCAAGCUUCUUAACUAGCCCAAGACAUUUUAAGUUUUUCAAUUGUGUGCAAUACAUAUAGCCUCUUCGCAACCUCUCGAACAAUUAUAUGAUGAUUAUCACUUUAAUUUGGUCAUCAUUAACUUCAGUAGGCGACCAGAACGUUGCUCUUCUUUGAGGGAAAAAUCUCCAAAACGGAAUUACGCACUACUUGCUUCUAAAGUUACGUCAACGUGACCAGUAUCACGUGACAAACGGCAAAGUACAAUACUAACAUAAGUUAGUCAAAAAAUAAAGCAACGCUCUCUAUCAGUAAAAAGCUAAAGUACUUAGUUGCCAACCUUAUAUUUUGUAACAUGGUCCGUAAAGUUUUUUAUUGUUAUUUUGAAACACAACUGAAACAGAUAUUAGAUUAUAAAUAAACGCAGUGGAUUUAUUAGUAUAACCAUUUAUUAAGUCAAUUACAAGAAUUAUUGACAAAUUAAUACAAAUAAAAUUUUUCUUUUUCCUAAAAUGAACCAAAGUCAGACCCCGAUUUAAAGUCAACUGACUUUGUUCAAAUAUUUUACGUUGCUUUGUUCAAAGUUUACAUUUAUUUCCCAGUUUUGAAAGAUUCAAUGAUAUCUCAUGUUAGAACUUUAAUUUCUUGAUGUUUACUUUUUCAAUAUUAAAAUCUAUAAAGGAACUCCUAAGUAUUUUAAUAAUUAACAAAAAAUGUAUUAUUUUCAUAUUAGAUGAAGGCAGCUGUGUUUCGUAACCUUUUGUAUUAUUUUUUUUUAGAUUUAUUAUAUAUUUUACAGUUAAAACGCAUUUUUUGUCAGAACUUUGUUUUCUCAAGUUUGAACUAGUUUUUACUUAUUGCCUUUGUUAAAACUAGAAUUUAUCACUGAUAUAUUUGAUUUUCAGAUAAAACUAGUUGUCACAUCGAGCUGUAGUUAAAACUUACCUCAAAAAAACUAAUUUGGGAUUGAAAACAAGAUAUAGUUUCAAAUAUAUUUAUUGAGAACCAAAUAAUCUAAUACUAAAGACACAUUUUAGGGAACGUCGACUUAAAUUAGUUGCCAAUAUUAAUUAUCAGUAGGUAAAUAAACUAAUCAAAUAAAACAACAGAACAGAACAAUAAAAUUUCAAAAAGAAACAUUGCUAAUGAACAUUAAGUAACACUCAAUAAAAUCUAAUCAGAGACAUCUUUUUGACAUACAUCCUUUCUUACAUAUGUAUGCAGCGCAUAAAUCCUUGGCCUGUUCCUAUGGCUGCUUCCUUAGCAAUAGUGCUUAAAGGUAAAUUUCUAUUUGGUACAUCUUCACGCAAACAUUUUUUCUUUAACUAGGUAGAACAAAGGGGUAUAAUUAAAUUUGAAAAAACCAUGAAGCAACACUUAGGUUCAUAUUUGCAAUAUAAUUUGUCACGCGUUCCAUACUUCAUUCCUAUCUUGUCAAAACCCUGAUCAUCCUUUUGAACAACCACUCCGACUAUAUUACGUAGAUCUGCUUUUGCUCGGUCAACAUUAGGGAUUUGUAUAAUUACAUUAUCACCCGUUUCUACAGGAACGUUCUCUGGAUGCCAUUAUUUUUCGAUUCACAUUGGUUACAAUUUCGAUGUCUUUGUUAUGUGGUGGUAUUAUAAGAGGCUUUGCGGUUGUAGAUGCUUCACCUUCAAUCCUAUAUUCACUUGUUUCUGCUACAUUUGUUGACUUCCUAUUUAUUUUGAACAAACUUUCUACUUCUUUUUGUUGGGCUCCAGUUAUAAUCAGAUGCUGUCAACUGCAACUAGCUACAUGCUCAGAUUCUGCUUUUUCCGUCAUAUUUAUUCUAUUCAAUGCAUUUUCAAGAUCAUAUUCAUCUCGUGUAUCCUCAAUAAGGCAAAGUCAAAAAGCCCUACUUGUGGUUCUGUACCAAACAUUGCUUUGUAUGGUGACUGUUUAAUACCAGAAUGAAGUGUCAGAUUUUUCAUGAACUGUACAAACCGAAUACCAUUUGUGGUAUCUUUAUCUUACAUCCAUGAAGCCAACAUUUCCUCCUCAUCUUGGUUAGCCCUUUCAACAGAUCCAUACCAGUUUACACUCGGGCAAAAAUGAAACGAGCUCAUUUAUGACAGAUUUUAUGCCGUUAUCGGAAUGUAAGAUACAAGGAGCACCAAAUGUCAAAAAAUAUAGUUGAUACGCCAUCUCGACGGUUCUCUUACUUUUCAGUGCACGUAACAAAACAAAUUUUGACAAAUUGUCCUGAUAUACCAUUAUAAACUCAAAUCCCCGAACUUCUUGAGUUUGUAAUGUCGAUAAGAUCGAUUUGGCAACGACUAUUCAUUUCAGAAUGUAUUAUGGGUUUUGAAACAAGUCCUUUAAUCUUCAUACUCUUUUUACGCUGACAGUUUUCGCACAUAGAGAGAAAAAUAUUUAUCAUAUAAGGGUUACGUUUGCAUAUUUUCGAGAAGUUUCAUUUUUCAGUCUAUCUCGACCACCAUGUCCGACGGCCACAUGAGCUACUUCAAUUAUGUAAAAAAUUUCAUCCACAUACAAGUAGUACUUCACGACCUCCUGUUUAGUCACUAAGGCAUACAUUAAAAACUAGCUCUAACUGGGAAUAACGAGUUCUAUCUAAAAACUAGUUUUAACUGUAACAUAUACACCGUUUAUUGUAUUAACGAAAGUUUAUUAACAUUAUUUAUAAUUGUGUGUUUUUAUGUUGCAUGUGUUUCAUUAUUUCAUUUUAUUAUAAUAGGAUAUCGUCGAAUUUAAUUAUGUUGCUUAAAAAUAGGGACUCGUGUAUAUUUCUCCCUUAAUUCACACACUACAUUCAUUAAUUUAUUUCAACCACAUUUUUGAAACUCAUUACUAAUCGCGGUUGUAAUUUUUAUGUAAUUACAUUCAAACAUUUCGAAAACUAGUUCACAAAGCUCAACUAUAACUUUAAAAAUUAAAAAAUUGUAAGUCUUGUUCACAAUAUGAGACCAGUAAAAAAUAGAGAUAAAUCUUGUAAAAAUGUAUCGAAUCCUUUUUCCGGCAAAUAUUGAAGCAAUUUGUCUAUGAGAGUUUGAGCUAUAUAUCUUAUGUUGCAAAAUAUGAAUUAAUUUGGGAAUUCCUGGCAUAGGUUAUUAAAUUAAUUUAUUUUCAACGGAAUUCUUCAGUUGAUAGCAGAAAAAAAUUAUUUUAUACAUCGUAUUCGCUUCAGACGUUGCUUUUGCAUCUCAUAUGCAUUGUUCAUAGUUAAGCCGUAGAGAGCAAAUGUCUUCAGAUAGGCUCGUCCUGCCCCACCACCCUACCAAACAGUUGGUAGGAGCAGUUGUUUGGUGUGAGACACACGAGGUCCAUCUAUAUGUGCCUUCGCUUAUCUCAUGUGAGGUGUAUCUAUCCAUCUUUACCGAGCCCUCCUUGUGAGUAUAUCCGUUGAGAGACGUAAUAGCAACGCUUUUAAUCACGCCAAGGGUGGCUUCUGGGCCUAUCGGUGAGUUCGCCGAUCCCAAUCUGGCGAGUGAGUUGGCCUCAUCGUUACCUUUGUUGCCCAAGUGACCUGGCCAUCUUAUAUGUAGCGUUAAAUUAAAAUGAGAUCGUGAGGUGGGACUUUUUAUUUGAAAUUUUCUCUUCUGUAGGAAUCUUUUCUUUAAAUUUCUUAUUUAUUUAUUCGAAAAACUUUUUUUUAUUUACUACAAUCAGCAUUUAUCUGAUGGCUCGAGGAUUAAUACUUCACAUUGGUAUAAUAACAUUCCGUCAAUUGAUGAAUUCUUUCAUUUGUUUCUAGUCGGUUAUUUUCGAAGAUAAUCAUCUACCCUUCAGUUAAGUAAGCUGGCCUCUUCUUUGGUAGUCUUUAGUAUUAUUUGGUUGACGUAGUGGUUUUAAUACGACAUUUAGUUAGGUUAGGUUCUGUCAUGUGUUUUGUUUUGUACUUCGGAUUUUGAUGACAUCUUUCACAAAUGGUAACCCAAUAUCUUCAUGUAGUGUUUGGUUUGAUACAUAUCAGGAUGCGUUGAUGAGCAUACUUUGAAUUUCUGACUGGCUUCUUUGUAUACUUGAUUUGUUGUAUACCAGACCGUAUUGGUGCUUGAAAUUCGCAUUUACUGAUUCUUGUUGUUGACUCUUUAUCUUUUUUCUCUUGAUUGAUUGAACGUAUUUCUUGAUAUAUAUUUACUUCACACAACAAUAUGAACAUUGGAGGUUUAUUUUACAAUUAUGCCAAGUCGGUUUAAUGAGAAAAUACCGGAAAGAUAUUGGAACGAGUGUUGUCACUUAAAUUGAUAAACUGCUAAUGACGACCCAAUAUGGUUGGUUUUUUACCAUUUACCCCUUCCACUUUACACUCUACGCACGCAAGACGCUGAUUGGUUGGUGACGACCGCGUUUAAGAAUUUGACUUUUCUAUAUUAUAGGAAAGGAAACAAAUCUUAAUAGGUUUGAUGAUAAUUUUAUAGAGUAGAAUCUUUCAAGGGUUAAGUUAGGUAUUCUCCCUAUUAGCCAAUUUAUCUCUUCAACUUUUAGAUACAUUUAUUUUGUGUUCUUUCCAUGUAAGUCUGAUGUUUAUGUGUAGACCGAUGUAUUUUGUACUGCUCUGGUUCCAUUUUGACACUGUUGCUUUCUUAGUAUAUAUCUACAUCAGGAGAUUCGCCAGCAUUUAUUUUGAUUCCCCAUUUUUCUAACCAUUGUUUGUUUUGGUCAAGUUUUACAGGAUCUUUGUAGCUGUUUCAGGAUUUCCAUGCCUUGAUAGUAUUACUUUAUCAUCAGCGAAUAUUUGACACUAGUACGUCAGCUGUAUGAAGGACGUAGAGCACUGGUCACAGAACGCUACCCUCCUCAUGUUAUGGGAAAUUUAUUUGAGGUUUUAAAACUGAGAAGUAUGAGUUUGAUACUGAAAUACACAGUAGGGUUAUUUUGAAUUUAUGGAGAAAUCCAUGAUACCUGGGAACCUGAAAACAUUUUCUUCAUUUAUUUUGUUUAAUAUUUUUUAGUUUUAGUUUUAGCUCUAUUUCUUACCUAAACUAAUCUAGAUUAAUUCACAAUUCCAUCUAAUCAAGUGGAACAGAAUUAUAUCUUAUAUAUUGUACAGAAAAGUAGUACAAAAGAGUGAGCAGUUCACAAUAAGUAAAAAUUUGUUCUUUUUAACGUUUCUCAAUAAAUUUAGUCUUUACUUAAUUUGUAUAAUAAAUCUAUAUACAGAACAUAGAAGUCUCAUGUCCACUUGUUGAAAAUUAGUCUUUUUGGGACAUUAAAUUUUUAAUCUGAAGCCAGUGAUCAAUUUCUUUUUCUAUUUCUUGAUUUCGUAAGUCUUGAUAAGAUGGAAUCACUCAAGGUCAGCAAAUGAAAUAAUAGAAAUGAUUUGAUUCUGUAGUAGUUUUUGAAAGUUCAUCAUCAAUUAAUAUUAUAUCAAUAGUUAUGUAGCAAUUCAAUUGAAUUAUGUUUUCAUUUGAUGUACUAACAUCAGAACAAAUUAUGUACUUAAAUAAGUUAGUUCGAAAUCGCCUGUGAAGUGAAAUAGCAAAAUACGAAAAAAAAUUUGUUUAUAUACAAUUUUAGCAUGAAAUGAUUGUACAAUAUCAUUUAAAUUUUAGAGUUAACAGUAAAACUGUUGACUUUAUAUUUUUAUUCUUACUAUUAUGCUAUGGGAUUGUUAUAUUUUCUGAAACUGUUUUUGUGUGUUCAUUUUUAAAAUUAUAUUUAAUCGCUUUGUUA